AUGUCGCCGGGCACGAUGGACCGGGACCGGGAUAGUGCGAUGAUCAAUGGGGAAUUGGCUCAUGGCUUUGAGAACUUGUCAUGCGUUAGGUGCCAAGAAGGUUUUGGCGUCAAUGAGCAGCUCGUCAAUUCAUCGGGCCAAGUCUGGCACAGCGACUGCUUUGUCUGCGCCCAAUGCUUCCAGCCAUUCCCCGACGGCUUGUACUUCGAGUUCGAGGGCCGAAAAUACUGCGAGCACGACUUCCACGUCCUCUACGCCCCGUGCUGCGGAAAGUGCAACGAGUUCAUCAUUGGCCGCGUGAUCAAGGCGAUGAACGCUUCCUGGCAUCCCGAUUGCUUCCGAGCCCUUUGCCGUGAAUGCAACGAGAGUGAGAAGGUGGCCGGCGUCGGCAGAUACGUCUGUCACAAAUGUCAAGCGAUGAUUGAAGACGGUCAGCACAUCAAAUUCCGUGGUGACUCCUAUCAUCCCUACCACUUCAACUGCAAGCGUUGCAACACCGAACUGACGACGGAAUCUCGUGAAGUUGGCGGUGAGCUGUACUGCCUGCGCUGCCAUGACACGAUGGGAAUCCCGAUCUGCGGAGCCUGCCAUCGGCCCGUCGAAGAACGUGUGGUCACCGCCCUCGGCAAACAUUGGCACGUUGAGCACUUCGUCUGCUCGGUCUGCGAGAAGCCCUUCCUUGGCCAUCGUCAUUAUGAGCGAAAGGGAAUGGCGUACUGCGAAGCCCACUACCAGAGGAACUUUGGCAAUAUUUGCUUCAAGUGCGGCCAGGCGUGCGGCGGCGAGGUGUUCCAGGCUCUCCACAAAUGCUGGUGCAUCAAGUGCUUCUCCUGCUCCUUCUGCGACAAGAAAAUGGACCAAAAGUCCAAGUUCUACGAGUUUGACAUGAAGCCCGCGUGCAAGCGCUGCUAUGACAAGUUCCCCACGGAGCUGAAGAAGCGCAUCUCCGAGUCGUUGAAAGACCGUGACAGCGAGGACCAGAGGAAACGUUCAAUGAGCCCAUCAGCAAAGAACACCGUCCAGACCAAC